GAUUGCGUGAGCUGGCGAGAGAGAAAGGGAAAAUAUUGUGAAAAAGCUCGCAAGUAUUUUUGUCAAAAAAGAGAAGAGAAAAGAAAAGAAAAGAAAAGAAUAGAAAAGAAAUGGAAUCGUUGGGCAACAAUCGCUAUCAGCUGCUCUUCAUCGACGACGAGGCCAGCGAUUUGUGCCUUGGCCAAAAGAAGCUGCAGGAGACAGGCGGACAGCCGAAGCACAGCAAGCGCAGCAAGCUACCAACCGGCGACAAGGCCAAGGCUCUCAUAUUCAACAAAAAGGCCGUCCAGCAGAAGCUGCUCCUCUCGAAGAGCAGCGGCAACGGCAACGGCAACGGCAAGGGCGACGGCCUCAAGUCCGAUCGCAUCAAGCUAGCCAAUGCCACAUUUAUGGCCAACAAUGGCGUCAACAAGACCGACCUGAAGAAGACCAACAUGGACCAGCAGCUGCAGCAGCAGCAGCAACAGCAGCAGCAGCAGCAGCAACAACAGCAACAGCAGCAACAGCUGCAGCGACAGCAGCAGCAGUUGCAGCGCGAACAGCUGCAGUUGCAGCAGCAACAGUUGCAGUUCCAAUUGCAGCAACAGCUGCAGCAGCAGCUGGAGCCGCCGCAGCCGCAGCAGCGCCAUUAUCGAGAACGCACCGUCUCCAGCCGCAUCAUCAGCAACAGCAACAAGGGCGGCAGCGUCGCUGCCGCCGGCGGCGGCGGGGGCGGGGGCAGCGGUGGCUAUGGCUAUGGCAGGCUAUACAAAAGCAAAUUCGAUCGCCAUUCGGGCUCGGAUAAGACGGGCAUCAAGGCGGUGGUCAAGCGGAAUGGCGGUGGCGCCCACAAUUGGGGCUCGGUGAUCAAGGACAUCGAGGAGCAGAGCAUCGCCAUGAAGAAUCCCGUGCAGUCCGACAAGGACGAUUCGUUCAACGAGCUGCAGCAGCUGCAGCAGCAACAGCGCCAACAGCAGCAGCAGCAUCAGCAACAGCAUCAGCAGCAACAGCAGCAACAGCAGCAGCAGCAACAGCUGCAGCUGCAGCAGGGCGACGGCCUGACAGCCGAGGAGGACGACACCAAGUAUAUAACCGUUGAGGAGUGGCGCGCUAUGCGCGUGGAGCGGGCCAAGCCCAUCUAUAACAUACGCAAGGCCGGCGAGGGGGAGGUGAAUAAGCCGGACUGGAAGAAGAUGAUCGUGUUGCCCAAGAAGAAGCCAUCGAAGACGGACAACGAUCCGGGCCUGGAAUACGAUGCGUCCAUGUAUCCGCAGCGCGUCGGCCGGCUGCAGCGCAUCAUGGAUAUUGAGUUCAAGUUCAAGGACGAUCGUCGCCGCAGCGGCUACCUCAGCGGCUGGGCGGGGGGACGUCCGCUGAACAAGUCCGAGGCGGAGAGCGUGUCCGAUCCCAUCAAUAUGAACGAUGAAAUUGAGUUUCCAACACUUGGCUAAGGCCCAGCCGAAGCCCAGUCGAAGCCCAGCAAUUAAUCAAUCGAUCACUUUAUUAAUUAAUCAAUCAUUAUCAAGCACUCGAAUCAAUCAAGCCAUCAAUCGAUUAAUCGAGUAAGCAAUCAUUUGAUCAGGCAUUCAAACAACUAGUCAAUCAAUUAGUCAAUCAAUCAAUCAAUCAAUCAAGUAAUCAAAUCAAUCAAUCAUCAAACAGACACACACACACACACACACACACCAAGCCACAUCAAUCAUUUACUUACUAGUUCGCCAACAAGAAAGAAAAAAAACAAAAAACAAAAAAAAUUGUUUAGAGUUGUAAAAUUUUGAUGGAAUUAUUAUUUUUAUGUAUUUCGAAUGCGAUUUCAAGAAUUAUUAAAUAUAUAAACACUUAACUGUGAUCGCUUUUCAAA